AAAUCUAAAGAAUUAUAACCUUUAAGCUUAAUAUGCCUAAAGUUAAAAGAAGCAGAAAACCACCCCCUGAAGGUUGGGAAUUGAUUGAACCUACACUUGAUGAACUGGAUCAAAAAAUGCGUGAAGCUGAAACCGAACCCCAUGAAGGAAAGAGGAAAGUAGAAGCUUUGUGGCCUAUUUUUAAAAUUCAUCACCAGAGGUCCAGAUAUCUCUUUGAUCUAUUUUACAAACGUAAAGCAAUCACGAGGGAACUUUAUGAGUACUGUUUGAAAGAAGGGAUUGCUGACAAGAACCUCAUAGCAAAGUGGAAAAAGCAAGGAUAUGAAAAUCUUUGUUGUCUAAGAUGCAUCCAGACAAGGGACACAAACUUUGGCACAAACUGUAUCUGCCGGGUUCCCAAAAGCAAGCUUGAAGAGGGUAAAAUUGUAGAAUGUGUCCACUGUGGUUGCAGAGGAUGUUCGGGGUGAUCAAGCUGGAAACAUCAACCAAGUUUUAAAAUAAUUAUCAAAACCGAUUAUUUGUCAUAGUUUUCACUUAUUGUUAAAGGAACUAUAUAUCAAUUUCAAUUUUCCGUGUGUGAUGUUCUGCACAUAUUAUAUUGUACAACAGAAAUAGAACUUAUUGUAUGGAAAAACAGACACGUAAAUAUUAUCAUGGGGAAAGAGAAAUCAGGCCUAUUAACAUGUCAAAAUUAUUAUGCUUGUUGAAAGCUAAACAAGUUGUAUGCAAUAUUGGUUGUUUUUUUUUACUCUGCUCAUUCCUUUUAAGGUUUUGACAGUGUUUAAAACACAAGUUAAACAACAUAUUUCAAGUUGUCAGUUAUUUGGAUAAAAAUCUCCUUAUUGGAUUCUGUGACACAUUAAAUUUGACUGAAAUUUAACUUAAAAGCUGAAUAUGAAAAAAACUUUGUAUUAUUAACAUAUUUGCAAUAUUAUAAAGAUUUGUAAUACAUUCAGAGUUGAAGAUAAUUUUUUAAAAGGAAUUCGUGACAUUACUAUUUAAUAAUUCAGAUAGCAGUGUAAGUUUAUUCAAUUGUGUUAUUAUGAAUUUUGCAAAAGUUGUAAUGCUGGUGAUUUCUUUACAGUAACUUAAACAUCACAGGAAUUUUAUAAUUUUCAAUAAUUACACCUGAAAAGUGUGUGAACUUAACUCAGAUUCAAAAGUUUACUCCAGUUAUUUUAGACAAUCAAAUGCUGUUGUGCAUAUCAUUAAACACCACAACAUUCUUUAACUCAAUAUUUCGAUCAAAGUUCAGUGAAAAUUUUCUGUUUUUAGUUCUCAGAACACGCAUCUUCACAGUUUUGUGUUUAAAACUAAAAUUGUGACAUUUAAUUAUAAAACCAGGUAUUGUAUUUUCUUCUUGGCUCAUGAAUGACUUCUGCUUACAUCUAGAACUUGUUUUUGAAAUGAAAUUGAACCUUUUUGAAUAUGAAUGUAACCAUUAUUGAAGGAAUUAUUAACAUUAUUUACUUCCCACUUUAAUUUAACCUAUUAACAAAACCUAUAUAUGUUUCUGAAGUUUAGAAAAGAAAGAGAAAACUCUUUUCAUUUGAAUGGCAACUUACUCUCAUUCAGGGAUGUUAGCAUUAACGUGACUGGACUGAAUCUAAUGAUUCAUGGUUCAUGACUUGUAAAACAUCUACUUUCUGGGAUUGUGGAUGUGCUAUAAAAGUGUUCGUCAAAUCCCAACUACACAACAGUUGGUGGUGGUGGGUGCUGUUGACUAACAGCUUUUUCUCUAGAAAUCAGAAAUGGCUGUGCUCAAAUAGCUUUUGUGUGGAAAAUUCUAAAACAAAAAAUCAAGCUUUAUUUUUUUUUGCUACUUAAUGUUAUUCUUAAUUACCUUUCAUAAAUAUGUGUGUGUGUAUAUAUAAAAAGUCAAAUGUGUUAACUUUAUUUUAUCUACUGUCAGUUUUUAAUUGAUACUGUGCAAAAUGAAGUUGGUUUUAAUUUAGGUUAUAUGAUUUUGUUAUUAGAUGCUUUCAAAAAGAUGUCAUCUUAUAUCGAAUGUAACUUAAUUAUCUUUCAUAACUGAACAAUCAGAAACAGCACAUACGUCACUGUUGGGUCAAGGAUUUUCAGAAGAGAGAGGCAGCCAGCGAUUUUAAGUGACAAGAGAUUAUAGAAAGUGGUUCC